AUGUUGGACAUAAUAAAGCCUACCCUUCGACGGCUUUUAUUUGCCACGUACCAAACGAUAACUUUCAACACUGUUGACUCCAUCAAGAUCGAGAACGACCCACGCGUUCAAUAUCAUACGACGCAAAUCAAUGGCAAAACAUACGGCUAUCUUUUGGCAGAGCCGGAGGGAGGAUAUAAGAAUACUAUCCUUCUGAUUCACGGGUUCCCCAAUCUCUCAAUAUCAUGGCGUCGGCAAAUCCCAACACUACUUUCCAUGGGAUUCCGUGUUAUAUGCCCUGACUGUAUUGGAUAUGGGGCGUCGGACGCCCCCAAAGACACUCUCGCUCCGUAUAGCAUGAAAAGUCAUGCCGACGACUUCAAGGAGCUAAUAAGAAGCCUCUCAUGUGAAAAGGUCAUCGUUGGUGGGUUUGAUUGGGGAGCACUUCUUGCCUACAGGCUAGCUCUUUGGCACCCCGAGGUGGUAUCUCAUUUGUUCACUCUCUGCGUUCCCCAUGUUGGAAUCCCCACAGAAUGGGUUGAUCCUGAGACAAGAGUGAAGAAAGACCCGUCUUUAGCAUACACCCUUCAAUUCAUAAGCGGGGACGUUGAGAAGCAUUCUCAGACCAGUGAUGGGGUGAAGCACGUCUUGAACGCCCUCUACGGUGGGCAGCUGCCUAAUGGGGACUUUGGUACCUCCUUGGAGGGCCUGAAAUUUGACUUGAUUCCGCAUUUAGAACGAUCGAUAUUACUCGACAAGGGUGAGCUCGAGUUUUAUGUGGAUCAGUUCUCGAAAUCCGGCCUAGCCGGUCCUUUGAACUUCUAUCGGUGCGGCCAGCAAAACCAUGAGGAUGACCAGGUACUCCUCCAGCAGAGGGGUCAGGAUGAAAAGAUUCACUGCCCAACCAUGUUCAUCUGGCCGUCGAACGACCUCAUUAUUACCCGUGAGAUGGCGGAGUCAAUGGCGAAGUUUGUUCCGGAUCUGACCUUUAAGGAGAUCACCGGGGCGAGUCAUUUUGCGAUGUGGGAGAGGCCGGCGGAGGUGAACAAAAUCCUCAGGGAUUGGCUGGCUUGCAAAUGA